AUGGAGCCGCACCGGGCGCUGCUGCUGCUGCUGCUCCUGGGGCAGUGCGGGGCUGCUCCGCUGUGGGUCCAGCACCGCUCGGGGCUCUCCUCCCUCCCUCCGGGCUCCCAGGUCCUGGUCCCACUGCGGCUGCCCCCCAACGGGACCGAGCCAGUGGUGCUAAUUCUGCCUUUCUUUCUGCACACCAAGGAUGCAGUGUCCUAUGUCCUCAGCAUCGAGGGGAGGCCGUACACCAUCCGCCUGCACCCGCAUGUCUUUUUAUCUGAGGAUUUCAAGAUCUUUGUGUUGAAUGAGGUGGGAGCUGUGCUCGCUGAUUCAAUCCAGUUCAAGGGAAGCUGCUACUACCAGGGCUACAUCGACGGCUUCCCCGGCUCAGCAGUGACCCUCAGCACAUGCUCAGGGCUCAGGGGCUUGCUGCAGUUGGACAAUGUCAGCUAUGGCAUCGAGCCCCUGGGCUAUUCACCUGCGUUCGAGCACCUCGUGUACCGGGUGAGGGAUGGGGAGGCCGCAGGGUCCCUGCUCAGCAGCAGCCGCCCCGAGGCAGAGCCCGAUGGGCUGACGGUGAUGGAGGCAGCGAGCAGAGCACAGGGACGUGAUGAGCCACUGUCGAAGGCAGCACAAGCUCCCAAAUACCUGCAAGUGUAUGUUGUUUUGGACAAGGCUUUGUAUGACCAUAUGGGUUCGAGCACGAAGGCAGCGACACAGAUGAUAAUGCAGGUCUUCAAUCUGGUCAACAGUGUGUUUCAUCCUCUCAAUGUCACCAUUGUGUUGGCCUCCCUGGAGCUGUGGACACAAGGCAAUAAAGUCUCUACAGCAGGGGAAGCAGAGGAUCUUCUGCAGUGGUUUUUGCAGUGGGUAAAGUCUCACCUUGCUCUGCGGCCAUACAACAUCGCAUCCCUGUUGGUGUACAGGGACCAAGCAGCGUUCAUGGGCACAGCAGCUCCAGGGAAGGUGUGUCAGAGGGAUGCUGCCGGCAUCGUGGCCGUGUACCAGGAGGCCACGACACUGGAGUCCUUCUCUGCCCUCCUGGCUCAGCUGCUGGGCCGCAGCCUGGGCAUCGCCUAUGAUGAGUCCCCUCAGUGCCGCUGCCCUGGGCACGUCUGCAUCAUGAGCCCCCAGGCGCUGUAUUUCAGUGGGGUAAAAGCCUUCAGCACCUGCAGCAUCAGGGACUUUGAGGCCUUCCUAAGGCACGGUGGGGGCACGUGCCUCUUCAGCAGACCCCUCCUGACUGGUCCAUCCUCCCAGAGAGCUGCCAUCUGUGGCAAUGGCAUCGUGGAGCCCGGCGAGCAGUGUGACUGUGGGGCAGACAAGGACUGCUUGAAGGACAAAUGUUGUACUGCAGGAUGUCAGCUCAAGCCAGGAGCGAAAUGUUCCUCUGGAUCCUGUUGUAGUGCCUGCCAGUUCAAGCGCAAGCACCAGCAGUGCCGCCCUGCUGCCGAUGAGCAGUGUGACCUGGCCGAGUUCUGCACCGGGGCCUCAGCAUCCUGCCCCCCCGACCUGUACGUGCAGGAUGGGCACAGCUGUGAGCAGGACACCGGUUACUGCUACCGGGGCCGCUGCCAGUCUGCGGACCUGCAGUGCCAGCAGAUCUAUGGGAAAGGUGCCAGGAAUGCUCCUGUGGCUUGUUAUGCAGAGCUCAACAGCCAGCAGGACAGGUUUGGCCACUGCGGGCUGCAGCCCAGCCAAGACUUUAAGCCCUGCUCUUGGAGGGAUCUGAGGUGUGGGAAGCUCAUCUGCACGUACCCGUACAGGAAUCCCUUCCACACAGAUGUGUCUGCCGUUGCCUACGUCCAUGUGCGUGGGCAGUUGUGUGUGUCCCUGAAUUACCUGCAUGCAGGAGCAAGGCUGGAUCCUAUCCUGGUUCCACCAGGAACAAAGUGUGGCUCUGGGCAGGUGUGCAUAAACAACACUUGCCAGCCACAUUCGGUCCUGGGCUAUGACUGCGAUAGCAAAGUGAAGUGCCACGGCCACGGUGUGUGCAAUAACAAGGGGCAGUGCCACUGCCAGCGUGGCUGGAACCCCCCGGAUUGCCUGCAGAGGGGAUCCCGCCGGGGGGGCAGCAUUGGCAGCCGCCUGCAGCUGAAUGAUGGGGGUCAGGGGAUAGAGGGUGUGAUCAUGGCAUGGCCGGUGCUGGGCUUCUGCCUCCUGCUGCUGCUCCUGGCCGGGGUCGUCUGCUUCCUGAUCCGGUGGUGGGCGCUGGGCUUGUGCGGACCACGGCCCCAGAGCACCAGUAGCAGCGCCAUCACUGCAGAGAGCAGCGAGGUCUCGGAUUGGAGCUCGUGGAAGGGCCUGAACCUGAACCCGAACCCGGACCCAGACCCGGCCCCGGACCCGGCCCAGGACCGGUCCCGGUCCCGGGAGCCGAGCUCGGGGUCGAGCCUCGGGCCUCAAUAA